AUGCCAUCCAACGGUGGGACAACUAAACUUCAAACCCCCAGUCACGAAGAAAAUCAAUGCGUGGAUUAUCCAUCUCUCUGGAACCUACCGAACCGGUCUGACAGCGGACUUCGGCUGCGACCUGCGUUGGGAGACAGCGCCGCGUCAAAGGGGGAGGAACCUGCCCGUCGUGACUCUCGUCUCCGAUGCAAUGCGAUUGCCAGCCAACCACUCCAAGCACCAAUCAGUGACGGGGGGGGCAUCCAUGACAUCAGGGAACUGAUGGCGUGCGGCUACGUCGCUCCGAUUGCCUCUCCCAUGAAAAUAAUAGUCCAGGGUCUGACAAGAUCGGGGCAGACGGAGGCUGGAAUCGGCUCGAUCGCAAUCCCUGUGCCACUCCAGAUCUCCUUCCCCCCUCAUCUCAAUCUCACUCUCAUCUGA